UUUGGAUUUGGAUUUGGAUUUGUCCCUUUCUAUCAUUUCUCCUCAUUCCUCCUCCCCCUUCCCUUCCCCUUCUCACUUUUUCUUCCAUCUGCUUCUGAUUAAUCUCUUCGAUGGAUACUGUACCCGCUACAAAUGAUUUUCACGAUUGGGAGCUCCUCCAACCCAACUCCGCUUCUGACUCCACCCCCCUCCCCAAUAACUCCUUUGAUGAAAUUCAUUCUGGAGGCUUAAUUCACGCCAAUUAUUUCUCCUUAGAUUCUCAGAAUCGUUUUGGGGAGGAUUUCGAUGAUGAUGUAUCGGCUGGGUCCGAUAAUCCUAGUUGGGUUGAUCCCGGCUUGGAGGACAAUCCCACUCUCUACCUUCAAAAGGAUUCUGGUGGUGGGUUUUGGUCCGAUUCCAGCAGUGAACCUUCCGAAGACCGCAAAUUGAUCGAAUUGGACGCCAUAGAUCAAAUUGGUUUUUCUCAAAACGAGAAAAAGCAAUUGAUUUUUCAUGGAAUUGAGGAAAUACUUGAGGAUAAAGGUGACAAGCAGGAGGACAUGGGUGAAGUUUGUAUGGAAUCCAGUGGAAUUCAGGUGGGCUCUGCUAAACUUACUGACGUUUCCGAGAAUUUCCAAGUGGGUGUCCAAGGUAACGUGAAUUUGCAAGGUGAGUCGGAGGUUUCGGGUGAAGACAAGAAUGAAAUUGAUAAGAUUGUAAGUGGGGGCAAAGUUACAGAUGACACUGGAAACAAGAAAAGUGGUGAGCUUGAAAAGAGGAGCGUGGUGUGGUGGAAGAUGCCAAUGCAAUUCCUAAAGUACUGUCUGUUUAGAAUGAGUCCUGCGUGGACUGUCUCCGUGGCAGCUGCUAUCAUGGGGUUUGUCAUCUUGGGCCGCAGGUUGCAUAAGAUGAAGAAAAAGACUAGGGGCUUGGAGAUUAAGGUCACUGUUGAUGAUAAGAAGAUAUCUCAGGUCAUGAGCCGUGCUGCUCGUCUGAAUGAAGCUUUCUCCGUUGUGAAACGGGUUCCCAUGAUUCGGCCUUCACUGCCUGCUGUUGGCACAAACACCACAUGGCCUGCAAUGAGUCUAAGAUAAGGGGAGCAAUUAUUUAUACAUGGAACAUGGGCGUUCUUGCCAAGUUUAAGACACACUGUGUAUCGUUAUACAUAGAGCACGAGACAGGGUGUUCUUAUCAAGUUUAAGAAAGUGUGUAGGCUUCUGUAUUUUAGUGUAUCUGUGUGUAUUAGUUUCCUUUUGCCUUCAACAUUAAAAGCUUUUUCUUUCUUUGGCUAUGUAUCCAGAAGUCAUAUAUGCUCCUUGGAAUGCCUAUUUGUCAUUGAAUGUAUCUUCUGCUAUCUACGAAUUUUAUCUUGAAAA